AUGUCAGACGAAGUGAGAGUAGCCAAGCGGAGAAGGAUUACCGACGCCGUCAUCUCCAUCGUCGUCGGCACCGAAGCCCAAGAGACGUUCACGGUCCACGAAACAGUUUUGUCGGAGCGGUCUGGCUUCUUCAAAGCUGCGAUUUCCAAGCGCUGGCGUCCAGGCGGUGACGGCAAGAUCUACCUCCCUGAAGAUGAUCCCUCUGCGGCGGGUGCCUACUUCGAGUGGCUCUACAGCUCCAAGAUAGCCUCCAAGGAUGACCGGCCUGAGCCUGUUACUAAAGUCGAACAAGCCGAUAUGCGCGCCGAAUUUGAACUACUCGUGCAGAUGUACGUCUUCGGCGAGAAAGUCCUCGACGACGACUUCUGCAACGCCGUUCUCAGCGCCAUGCUAUUGAAGAUGGAGAACGACGACGCCAAGUGCAUAUGGUAUCCUCACAGAAAUGCCAUCAGGAUCUUGUACGAGGGGACUUCGCAGGAUUGUCCUGCGCGGAAGAUGAUGGUGAAGCUCUACGCGGACAGCGGCUACGUGGCGUGGUUUAUGGAGGACGAUGUCUCGGAUAGUGAGGAGUUUCUGCGGGACUUGUGCAUGGAGUUACUGAACAGGAGGAUGAUUGCCCAGUCAAUGAAGCAGUGGGAGAAGAGGCAGCAGUGGUCUAAGUGA